CCGCAGCGUCGGCGCUUAGUGUUUGCGUCAUUUCCGGUGGUGCGGAGCAGACUGGCCAACGGCCUGCAGAACAACAUGCCCAAGUUUUAUUGUGACUACUGCGAUACAUAUCUCACUCAUGACUCUCCAUCUGUGAGAAAGACACACUGCAGUGGCAGGAAACACAAAGAGAAUGUGAAAGACUACUAUCAGAAAUGGAUGGAGGAGCAGGCUCAGAGCUUGAUUGACAAAACAACUGCAGCAUUUCAGCAAGGCAAGAUACCUCCCACUCCGUUCUCUGCUCCUCCUCCUGCAGGGGCAAUGAUUCCUCCUCCCCCCAGUCUUCCGGGUCCUCCUCGCCCUGGUAUGAUGCCAGCACCUCAUAUGGGGGGCCCUCCCAUGAUGCCAAUGAUGGGUCCUCCUCCUCCUGGAAUGAUGCCAGUGGGACCUGCUCCUGGAAUGAGGCCACCUAUGGGAGGGCACAUGCCCAUGAUGCCUGGGCCCCCGAUGAUGAGACCUCCUGCCCGUCCCAUGAUGGUGCCCACUCGGCCAGGAAUGACUCGACCAGACAGAUAAGGAGAGAGGGGAGCCUCUUUCUAUCAGUUUUAUAUUACUUGUUCUAGUUCACCAGGAGAGUGUCGUGCUGUGACUCUGGGUGUUUUCUAACAGCGUGACAAGGAAGACUCACUCCCUCUUCCUAUCAAAGAAAGAAUAGUUUUGAAGGGGAGUAAUGGGACAAAAAAAAUUUUCAUUUGUAUUGUGAAAUGUGAAAAUAAAAUUGUAAACUCUGUUAGCUAAAAA